CGGUCAAGUUGUGCAAUCCAGUAUUACGGUUAUAAUGCCUCGGAAAUCGAGCGACUAUCUGUCUGGUUUAAUCCACAAUCUCUCCCCGAUCGUGUAUGUCCAAAGGAAACCGAAGCCGCAACCUGGCUUCGUGAUACCGUUGCACGCGAAAGGAACUGGAACAAGUGGGCCAGUCUGGCUUGGGAGCUGAACCCAGCCGUGGCAAUCUAUCUACCUCAGAGGGACUGGUAUUUCCGACUCAGAUUUGUAGCGUACUCUGUGCUCACUUGGGCUCCAGUCGCUCCGAUUGUCGCGCUGUCGUUCUUUUCACGUAUGUAUCCCCAGCAUCCGCUUACGCAUCAGUAUGCGGUUCGUGUCCUGGCUAAUUAUCCGUCAGAUACAAUGAUUUUCUACGUGCCUCAACUAGUCCAAGGAUUGCGAUAUGACAAACUUGGCUAUCUGACUGAAUCUCUACUGGAGUCAGCUCGGCGUUCUCCGUUGCUUGCACAUCAACUUUUGUGGAAUAUCAAUACCAACAUGUAUUUGGAUGAGGAUGGAGAAAAAAUGGAUCCAGAUAUUGGAACUCAUUUGGCCACUAUUCGCCAGUUGAUUAUACGCCACUUCACUGGACCGGCUUUGGCAUUCUACAAACGGGAAUUCGAAUUCUUUGAUCAAAUCACAGGGAUCUCAGGCACAAUUCGGUUGGCACCAAAAGGACCUGCUCGUCAAAAAGCUUGCUUGGAAGCAUUACGUCAAAUAGCUGUUCGUCCAGGCUGCUAUUUGCCAUCCAAUCCGGACGCGAUUGUCCUUGAGAUUGACUACCAAUCUGGUACACCAAUGCAAUCUGCAGCAAAAGCUCCAUUCCUGGCCCGGUUCAAGGUAUUCACCACCUCGUACAAUGUUAACACUGACCAUCACCAAUGCAGCAGGGUAUCCUACUCCUUUAUACUGCUAAUUCCACCCCCAGACCCAUUUAUUGGUCUAACACUAACUUCUUAUGAUAUCUAUUCGUGUGGAUUUGGUCCAGAUUUUACUCAGUCAGAUGUCUCCAGCAGAAUUCAGUGCGAAAUACUUUCUGAUUUGGAUGCCUCUGGACUCAUUCUUUGA